AUGGCGCCAGUAAGUUUGCCCAAUGGUUUGGAUCCGGUUUUGACCAAAAAUUUGGGCAAAAAUAUUUUAAAUAACAGCGAAAUCUACGAUAAAUACAAAGAGGCCGCCUGUCAUUACGCUAAGUAUCGAAACGCCGCUAUUCUCGAGUUUGAGUGCAGUUUCAAAGCGGCCCGAGUUUUGACGGAUAUUGAGAAGUAUUUGUGGUCUUCGGAGUUCAUACAGAACGCAGUGUUUAUCUCAUUUAAUCAGACAAAUGAAGAGCAGGCUGCGUUUUAUCGCCGAUUCGCUGCACUCAAAGCGGUGUCCCUUCAUCUCCAAAACCCCGAUUGGGAGAAAUGCUAU